CGUUUUGGGGCGCCCGCGCAGCUGAUCCAGCGGGGCUUUUCGGAGGCGAGACCAGCGCCUCUCCUCGCUCUUUGCCCGGAGAAGCCCAGAGGCUCCUGCCGCUCGGCUCCGAAACGGUUAAGAGCAGCGGCGACAGAGCUGAGAUUCCUAGAGCGGAGGGGGAAAAGGCUGACGGGAGAAUAGGAGCUUCCGCUUCCCGUCUCGCUUUGGUGCGCGGGUGGGGGUCAGUUGCUGGUCAUGGCGGCGGCCGCACUUUCUCGUGGAGGCGCUGGAGGAGAUGUUGAAGGGAUGCUGGCAGAAGGGGAACAAUCCGAAGUCUCACCGAAAGGAUCCCAAGAUGAGGGGGAGCAAAGGGAUCUGAGGGUUCAAGAUGGAGGCAGAAGGCGAGAGGGGAGACGAAAGCAGAAGCCGGAUGGUGACUCUUGUACGUCUCAGGGUGGUGAAAACCAAAUUCCCAGAGAGGAGAAAAAGCAUGAAUGCACCGUGUGUGGAAAGAUAUUGGGUAGUCGGUCAGCUCUAACCUCACAUCAACAAAGAGUACACACAGGAGAGAAACCGUAUAAAUGUUUGGAGUGUGGAAAGAGCUUCAGUCAAAGUAGUUCCCUUAUCUCCCAUCAACGAAUUCAUACAGGAGAGAAACCAUAUACAUGUUCCGAGUGUGGAAAGAGCUUCACUCAAAGUAGUGGCCUUACCUUCCAUCUAAGAUCUCAUACAGGGGAGAAACCGUAUACAUGCUCAGAGUGUGGAAAGAGCUUCACUCAAAGUAGUGACCUUACCUUGCAUCAGCACAUUCACACAGGGGAGAAACCAUAUACAUGUUCUGAGUGUGGCAAGAGCUUUAGUCACAGCAGUGCGCUUACUGGACAUCAACAAACUCAUCGAGGCACCAAACCUUAUAAAUGUUGGGAAUGUGGCAACAGCUUCAGUCGCAUCUACUCCCUUUCCUUGCAUCAAAGAAUUCAUAUGCGGGAGAAACGAUAUACAUGUUUGGAGUGUGGAAAGAGCUUCAGUCAGAAUGGCACCCUUACCUUGCAUCAAAGAGUGCACACGGGAGAGAAACCGUAUAAAUGUUUGGAGUGUGGGAAGAGCUUCAGUCGUGGUAGCUCCCUUACAUUGCAUCAACGAACUCAUACGGGAGAGAAACCGUAUACAUGUUCGGAGUGUGGGAAAAGCUUCAUUUGCAGUAGGUCCCUUAUGUUGCAUCAAAGAACUCAUACAGGGGACAGACCAUAUAAAUGUUCCGAGUGUGGAAAGAGCUUCAGGAACAGGAGUCACCUAACUAGACACCAAAGAAGUCAUACAGGAGAGAAACCAUAUACAUGUUCAGAGUGUGGAAAGAGCUUCAGUCAGAGUAGCGGCCUUAAUAGACACCAAAGAAAUCAUACAGGAAGGAAAUCUUAGAAAUGUUUGGCGUAUGGAAAGAACUUCAGUGACAGGGGCUCCCUUCCUAAACAGUAAAAACUCAUACAAGGGAAAUAUCUUAGAAAGGGCUGGAGUGUGGGAAGAUCUUUAUUCAUAUCAAAUAACUCCUGCAGAAAGUAAAACAAUGAUUGUGUUCUGG